ACACACAAAUCUUUAAUCUAAAAAAACGAAUAAUGCCUAAACAUUCAACGCAGUAACUUGUAACGAGUUGUACUUGGUAUCACCACCAUGACUCCUAAAAGUUCUUCCGUACUAAGACUGAGCUCUUACGAUUAUGUUAUAUUUGUAGGUACUUUACUGUUUAGUGGUUUGAUUGGAAUUUAUUAUGGGUGCUUCGGUACUAAGCAGGCAACCGUAAAAGAAUAUCUUCUUGGAGGCAAGAACAUAAAAAUUAUUCCUAUAGCAGUGUCAGUAGCAAUAAGCCACAUUUCAGGAACGCUGUUAAUAGGGACGGUUGCAGAUGUCUACCGAUACGGUAGCAGUAUUUGGUUAUAUGUUGGAGCAUUUGUAGUUAUGGGUCUUCUUGCUACGUUUGUGUACCUUCCAGUGUUCUUUAAACUGCAAGUGGCAAACAUAUACGAAUAUUUGGAAAAGAGAUUCGACAAAAAAAUAAAACUAUUUGCUUUGAUUUUGUACUUGCUAUGUGAAAUUUUUAUGUUUCCGAUUAUGGCCUACACCCCAUCAUUAUCAUUUGCCACUGCUAGUGGACUUAACCCAAGUUUGUGUGCUUUCCUCUUGUGUGUUAUUUGCGUUUUCUACACUUCAAUAGGUGGUUUGAAAACAGUGGUAUGGACGGAUUUCCUUCAGUUUGGAAUAAUAACGAUAUCUCUUAUCACCCUGUAUAUAAUUGGUCUACAGACAACAGGAGGAUUCUUAUCUACUUGGAAUACGGCAGCGAACGGACAAAGACUUGACAUGUUUAAUUUUCAGCUCGAUCUCACAGCAAGAGAUAGCUUCUGGGGAUACGUUAUAGGAGGUGGAUUAACAAGUACUGCACUAGUCAUCGUGCAUCAAACAGGACUUCAAAAGUUUCUCAGCUUAUCAACUUACAAAGAUUGCGUAUGGUCGGUGGUACACACCGUAAUCUGUAUGACUUUAGUACAUACUUUCUGCGUUUUUAUUGGUCUGGUGGCCUAUUCUAAAUACAACGACUGUGACCCUUUAACUAGUCACUUGAUGUCAAAACAUGACCAACUCCUUCCAUAUUUUGUGACAGAGAUUGGUGGAAGUCUCCCCGGAGUCCCCGGUCUCUUUAUAGCAACUAUUUGCAGUGCAUCCCUCAGUUCCAUGUCGUCAAAUUUGAACGCGCUAUCUGGGGUUAUAUACAAGGACGUCGUAUGCGAGUUUCUAAAGAAGAAGCCUUCGGAUAAAAAGGCCACAAAUAUUUUGAAACUAAUAGUCUUGGUUAUUGGUCUUUUGUGCAGUUGUUUAGUGUUUGCAAUGGAAGGAUUCGGAGAGGUCCUCUCGAUGAGUUCAGUAAUAUGGGGGAUCACCCAAGGACCUAUACUAGGAGUUUUCACGUUAGGAGUUCUCUUUCCGAAAGCGAACCACCAAGGGGCGUUGUAUGGUAUGUUUGUGGGUUGUAUUACGGUUGCUGGUAUAGCAAUCCCUGCCAAAUACUAUCAGAGAAAAGGUCUAUUAAGUUCUCCCACGAAACCACUCUCCACUAGUGGUUGUAGUUUUUUUAAUGGUACCAAUUUUGUCUCCACCAACAGUACUACAUUAAAUCAGUUUCAACCUAACGUCAUUUUUAGAACCUCGUUCCAUUGUUACUGUAUAAUUGGAGCCACCGUCACUGUAAUCGUUGGUUUAGUUAUUAGUUUCCUCACGAAAAGCAGCUCUUCGGUUCAUAAAGAUUUUCUGAGUCCUGUCGUAUACUCUUGCUUACAGAAACAAUCAGGUGAAAAUCAAGAAUAUAGUAAUGGGGAGUCAGCUGUAGAACUUCUUCAGAAAAAAUAAGGCAAUCUUUCUGUU